AUGUCUCUUCUCCGCAACGCCGCUACCCCGGCCCGCAAGGCCGCUUCCGCUCAGGGCCGCAGCUUCUCCACAUCUCUCGUCAAGAACGCACACAAGGAGGUCAAGUUCAGCAACGAUGGUCGCGCCGCCAUGCUCAACGGUGUCAACCUCCUCGCCAAUGCUGUCUCGGUCACCCUCGGCCCCAAGGGCCGUAACGUCAUUAUCGAGCAGCCCUUCGGUGGUCCCAAGAUCACCAAGGACGGUGUCACCGUAGCCAAGUCCAUCACCCUCAAGGACAAGUUCGAGAACCUCGGCGCUCGUCUCGUCCAGGACGUUGCCAACAAGACCAACGAGGUUGCCGGUGACGGUACCACCACUGCCACCGUCCUCGCCCGUGCCAUCUACGCCGAGGGUGUCAAGAACGUCGCUGCCGGCUGCAACCCUAUGGACCUCCGACGUGGUGUUCAGGCCGGUGUGGACGCUGUCAUCAAGUUCCUCGAGACCAACAAGCGUGCCGUAACCACCUCGGCUGAGAUCGCUCAGGUCGCCACCAUCUCGGCCAACGGCGACAAGCACGUCGGUCAGCUCAUUGCCACCGCCAUGGAGAAGGUCGGUAAGGAGGGCGUCAUCACUGUCAAGGAGGGCAAGACCCUCGAGGACGAGAUCGAGAUCACCGAGGGCAUGCGCUUCGACCGCGGCUACAUCUCGCCCUACUUCAUCACCGACGUCAAGACCGCCAAGGUCGAGUUCGAGAAGCCCCUCAUCCUUCUCUCCGAGAAGAAGAUCUCGGCUCUCCAGGACAUCCUUCCCUCGCUCGAGGCCGCGGCUCAGGCCCGUCGUCCUCUGCUCAUCAUUGCCGAGGACAUUGACGGCGAGGCCCUCGCUGCCUGCAUUCUCAACAAGCUCCGUGGUCAGCUUCAGGUCGCUGCCGUCAAGGCUCCCGGCUUCGGUGACAACCGCAAGAGCAUCCUUGGCGAUCUCGGCAUCCUCACUGGCGCUCAGGUCUUCUCGGACGAGCUCGAGACCAAGCUCGACCGUGCUACCCCCGAGAUGCUCGGCACCACCGGCGCUGUCACCAUCACCAAGGAGGACACCAUCUUCCUCAACGGCGAGGGCGACAAGGACCGCCUCCAGCAGCGAUGCGAGCAGAUCCGCUCUGCCAUCAACGACCCUUCCACCUCCGAGUACGACCGAACCAAGCUCCAGGAGCGUCUCGCCAAGCUUUCUGGCGGUGUUGCUGUCAUCAAGGUCGGCGGCUCCUCCGAAGUCGAGGUCGGUGAGAAGAAGGACCGAUACGACGACGCUCUCAACGCUACCCGCGCCGCCGUCGAGGCCGGUGUGCUCCCCGGCGGUGGUGUUGCGCUCCUCAAGGCUUCGCUAUCGCUCAACGAGGUCGCUACCGCCAACUUCGACCAACAGCUCGGUCUGUCGAUGCUCAAGGCUGCUCUUACUCGACCUGCCCGCACCAUCGUCGAGAACGCUGGCGAGGAGGGCUCUGUCGUCGUCGGUCGUCUGCUCGAGAAGCCCGGCGAGUUCACCUACGGCUACGACGCUGCCGUUGGCGAGUACAAGGACAUGAUUGCUGCCGGUAUCCUCGACCCCUUGAAGGUCGUCAAGACGGCGCUCCAGGAUGCUUCGGGUGUCGCCUCGUUGUUGACCACCUCGGAGUGCUGCAUCGUUGAGGCUCCUGAGGAGAAGGGCCCUGCUGGCGGCAUGGGCGGUGGCAUGGGCGGCAUGGGUGGUAUGGGCGGCAUGGGCGGCAUGUUCUAA